AUGUCUUACACCGACAGUCCCUUGACUCAACUGCCGACCGUGGAUUUCAAGUUUGAAGACUUGCGCAAGCGCAUGGCUGAAUUCACCGUCAAAUUCGAUGCAUUUAUUGAGCAAGGCCGGAAGAGGGUGCUGCAGGAGAGAAACGAGUUUCGAGCACGGCUGGGGGAAAUCAGCGAGGAACAACGAUCAUGCAGCACCCAAAUCACCACACUGCAGUCUACCCUCUCAACACACGAACACGUAUUGUCGAGAGAGCAAGCAGAAAAGAACGAGAUGCACGGACAGAUAUCAAAGUUGGAAUCGCAUCAAUCGAACCAAUCCGCGGCCCGCGAUCGAUUGAAAAGCGCCAUCAGUCAGACGCAGCGGCAGAUUGAGGCCAAGGUUCAAGCUCAACGGGAAUACUCGCAGAGGAUUGACGGCCAGAGUCGGUUGAAUGGACCCGAGUUGAACUUCUGGGAGACAUACCUCGGCUGCCGAAUCGAGGGCAGUGGCGACGAGAACAAAGUCAGAGUCGCCUUCGUGUUCCCACCGGCCAAGGGCAGCAAGAGUACUGAGGAGAGAGAGGCUUUGUUUGAGUUACAGAUCCCCGAUACAGGGAGCGCGAGGUACGAAGUGGUAUACAUGAAACCAAGACUGGAGGCCGAGAAGGUGGAUAAGGUCGUGGAUCGACUGAACACCACCAGAGAAAUCGGAAGCCUCCUCAAAGGUAUGCGAGGAUUGUUCGCAGAAGUGUUCGAAUGA